AUGAAGUGCAUCGCAGCUGUAGUCAUGAUGGUUCUGGCCGUGGUCGCCGACGCCGGACUCGCCCCGAUCCUGUACGGAGCCCCACUAGCCCUGGCAGCCCCUCAUACAACGAUCGUGCAAAAUGCAGACUCUGAAGCCAAGCUGAUCGCGUCAGCUCCAGCGUUCGCGUACGCACAUGCGCCACUUGCAUACGCUGCUGCCCCGUACUAUUAUGGAGCAGCUCCACUUGCGUAUAGCGCACCGGCGUUGAUCUACCAAAAGGAGGCUCGUUAUUUGGCCGCUAACCGAGGUGCGAUCCAUGAGGCGCCAUUGCCAGGACAUGCGUUCUCUCAGCAGCAGUUGAACCUGAGCGCUGCGCCAGGCUCUGACUAAGCGCUGCUGAAACAUUCCCAGUGCUGA